UGAUGAUGUAUGGAAGAUGAGAUUGCGCAAUCCUGUAUUCAGUCCCUUCACUUGAGCUGUGAGCCUCUCAGACAGUCCAAAGAAAGUUUCAUUUGAGCAGCAGGCCACUCUCCUUUCUUCUGUGAAGAUCAAAUAUUGUUAUGUUUUUCACACUAUGUGCUGAACGCCCGCAAUGCCAGAAAAUAUUUAACAAUUGUCAUCUUUGGAAGAGCAUCGUCGGUUCCAGUGGAACCUAUAGGACUUGCCGUAUCGUUUUGCACGAAACGAAUCUAAAAACAAAUGCAAGAACUGCAGCAAUAACCGUAAAAGUUGGGGACCGGUGCAUCGCCGACUGCUCUUCGUCACAAUGCCUGUACAAGCCCCGCAAUGGACCGAGUUCCUCUUGUGUGACAUCUGCACACAAACAUUCGAGGAGACCCAUCGCAAGCCCAUCAGUCUGGGCUGUGGUCACACCGUGUGCAAAAUGUGCCUGAACAAACUGCAUCGCAAGGCCUGCCCCUUCGACCAGACGGCCAUUAACACCGAUAUCGAGCUGUUGCCCGUCAACACCGCCCUGCUACAGCUGGUCAGCGGACAGGUUCCAACCCCCCAACCAGUCACUUUACUGACAGCUGCAGAGGACAUCAAGAACUAUGAGGAGUCUCGCACAUGUGUGGAGGACCUGGCCCUUUACCUCAAACCCCUAAGCAACACCAGAGGUGCAGUGGUGAAUGGUGCCGCUCAGAGCGUGCUCAGCAGACCCAUGCAGAGGAAACUGGUGACCCUGGUUCACUGCCAGCUGGUGGAGGAGGAGGGGCGUAUCAGAGCCAUGCGGGCUGCCCGGUCUCUGGGCGAACGUACUGUCACCGAGCUCAUCCUCCAGCACCAGAACCCCCAGCAGCUCUCGUCUAACCUGUGGGCAGCCGUCAGAGCCAGAGGCUGCCAGUUUCUCGGUCCAGCCAUGCAAGAAGAGGCUUUAAAGCUUGUCUUGCUCGCUCUUGAAGAUGGCUCAGCCCUCUCGCGGAAGGUUCUGGUAUUGUUUGUGGUCCAGAGACUCGAACCGCGCUUUCCUCAGGCCUCAAAAACCAGCAUUGGGCAUGUGGUGCAACUCCUAUACCGGGCCUCCUGCUUCAAGGUGACAAAGCGCGAUGAGGAUUCCUCUCUAAUGCAACUAAAGGAGGAGUUUCGCACAUACGAGGCUCUGCGGAGAGAGCACGAUUCUCAGAUCGUACAAAUCGCUAUGGAGGGUGGACUACGUAUCGCGCCUGACCAGUGGUCCUCUCUGCUGUAUGGGGACCAGUCUCAUAAAUCCCAUAUGCAGUCUAUUAUAGAUAAGUUACAGACGCCGGCAUCCUUCGCUCAGAGCGUUCAGGAACUAACCAUAGCCCUGCAAAGAACCGGAGAUCCAGCCAAUCUGAACCGGCUCAGACCUCAUCUGGAGCGGCUGGCUGAUAUCGAUCCCAGUCCAGAUGCCCCUGCACCCACAUGGGAGCAGCUAGCCAAAGGGUUAGAAGCGGUGCGUACAGUGGUACACGGCCUGGUGGACUUCAUCCAAAACCACAGCAAAAAAGCAAGUGAUCAGCAGCAGCCACCCCAACACAGCAAGUACAAGACCUACAUGUGCCGGGACAUGAAACAGAAAGGAGGUUGUCCUCGCGGAGCAAGCUGCACCUUCGCCCACUCUCAGGACGAACUGGAAAAGUACCGCAAGAUGAAUAAACGCUUGGGAAUGCGCCGUCAGCUCAGCCAGUCCUUGACCCAGCUGAACGAGAUCGACCUCGCCACGGGUUUGUUACCUGAGGAGAUCUCGUUGGUCGAGGGGCUUCCACGCAAGUCCGCCUCCAUCACCAACGGCAUUUUAGCAGCAGGCCCUGGAUCCACUCUGGCCCACCUGGUUGCCAGAGGUUCAGACCCGUUGUAUGACCCACCCCACAAACCAGGAAAAAUGGACUCGGGGAGCCAUAGCGCACCGGGAUCACCUCCAGACUCAUUGGAAUGCAUCCCAAAGGGAGGAAUGAGCAUAAGUUCCCACUCCAGGAUGCCAGGUGAUGGCAUAGUCGGACAAAAGCACAUGUCUGCAGUUCCUCGAGUUCCUCACAUGUAUCCACCGCACCAAUCUGACCUGUACUACUCUGAAACCAGAGGACCACCACCACCAUCCACUCAAUAUGAAUCCUCCCAGUACCCAGCAGGUAAUCCUUACCCUCACCAUCACGCCCAUCCACGCUACGCCCGUCACCCUGCUCCACCACCUCUUGAUCCAGGCAUGCCACCUUAUCAAGACACAUAUUCAAGCCCUUACACCUCAGAACGGCAGUAUUCCAGCUCCCAUUACCCAUACCCCUCCCACCACGACGGACGGCGCCACCCGGCUUACCCAGGUCACUCCCAUCCCCAAGCGUUUCCACGGGAGGAGUUGAUGAAGAGGAGUCCAGCACCUUUGGAUGUCCCACCCCUACAGUCCCAAAACCCCACCUCAUACCUGCCAGAAUCAGCUCAGGAGAGAUACGCGUCGGAAAACUAUAACCACUCUAGGAAUUAUCACCGGAGUGCCUACACUCGUUCGCAACCCUCCCUAGACUACCUACACCGCCGCCGACAGGAGAUCAUGGCUCAGCUAGAGGACAGAAAGGUCUCCCCUUCGCCGUUCGGCUCCACAACCUCACUCGCGCACUCGUACGACCCCAGCUACCCACAGGAAACGAGGGGACAAAGUCAUUACAUGGAGGAGAACUCCUACGGUUUCGGACAUGGCAGAGAGCAGGACUACACUGCCCCAUAUUCGCCUUGGUCGUGCGACACCAUUGGGUCUUACAUCAACAGCAAAGAUAUGAAAUCCAAAGAGGGCAUGAGCUCAAUGGAACCAAAUGCAGACAAAGGCAGAGGUAUACGACCCCACGGGUUGGAAGUUCAGCGCAGAGCGGCAGACGCCAAAGACGAUGACCCCAUCAUUCCCUUUGGCUCGCUGCCGACCGUCUCUCGCUUCGGUGCCAUCUCGCGCACGUCUAAACCAGGCUACCCGCCAAACAGCCCGAUGCCAAACCCAGCAAAACAUACAGCUUCUGCAGCUGACUACGCUUACGGGAACCACAGCGGGUGGAGCGGCGACUCAUACCAGCACCACCAGAUGUCUCAAGGGCAAUUCAGCGAGCGGUCCGGUGUGUCCCCGGCGGUGCAGGCACGGGAGCAGCUGAGGAUGGAGCUGCAGCAGGUCAACCAGCAGAUCAAUCAACAGACGCAGAGCCGCGGGAUGGAGAACUCAAGCUCUCGAGCUGACUGGUCAUCUGGGAGUCUGUCGAGCGAACAGCUGAGUCUAGAGCUUGAUCAGGUGGAGCGAGAGAUCGACAAGAGGACACAGGAGAGGGCCAUGGACAACCACGAUGGCAAGUACAAGCUUGUGUCAGUCGAAAAUGGCCAGGACGCUAUGAGGCGAGACGAGCACCCACUGACUCUCAGUGAGGGCUCCAAUGGACUCCCGCAAGACCGCAGUCUCAUGAGCAGCAGCAUGUCCUCCCUGACCAGCAAAACGUCAUCUCUCAGUUUGUCCUCCGAGCAAAUGGCCAGCAGUCCUGAUCUGCCCAAGAACGGAGUUCACACCUAGACCACAUCACUUUCUACCUCAGCCUCUCCUUCCACCAUCACCGACCCAUCUCUGGAGCUCUUGCUAACCCACCGACCCGUCUAUCCCAGGUUAACUCAUCUGCAACAGGGUACUUCACCACCCUUAUAGCUUUUGUUGGCCGACGCAUACCCAGCCAUCUUUUGCACUUCGGUUUCACUUCCAUCUCAAAUGUGGGCGGAGUCCAGCAGGAUUCGCCACGCGUGAGCUUCGACAGACUUGCGCAAUCACGGCCCACAUCCAGUUUCCCGAAUCUCUUCACAGCAGUAUCUGCUGUCGAGCGCUUUCAUCAUUUUUUUAAAUUCUGUGAAUCACGUUUUUCUGAAACAAGCCUUUAUUCAUUGCCUUGUUAAUCAGGGUGAAUAGGAAAUAUAUUCAGUCUUAAGUUUUUAUUAGGCAACAGUUGACAGUAACAAUGAUUUCUGUUACGUCGUGGUUUAUUUUGUAAUUGGAAGUCCACUUUUUAGCACAACAUGCUACUUUUUGGUAGUUGCGUUGUAGCUCGGUGUUUACACUUAGUUUACAGCAUUCAAGAAUCAUUUAACUACGAACCUGUCGCAUAUUCAUCCAACAGCCAGCCACCCGCCAAAUAAUCCUGUUUUAUAUGUCAGGCUUUAAAUAAAUCUGCUUUUUUGAGGCCGAAUACAGUGUUUAAUGGAAUGGACAUCAUGAUUCAACUUUAUAAACCCAAAUCAAUCUUAAUUCAUACAAUCCCACAAAUACACAAAAGCUUACACUUUUUACUCAACAUGCCCAACAUGGGAUUUCGAUUGAACUUCGCCUUUUUCUUCGGCUUUCUGUGUAGAUUCAUUGAUACUGUCCUCAGGGAUUAUUUAUUUAUUUUCCAGACACACAUCAAAUGUUCCUACUUAAAUUUAAUAUAAAUGGGUAUAAAUGACAUUUUCCAUCCUGAGGAUGGAAAUUGGUGCGUUAUGAUAAAAAUAUACAUUCUGUUUUAAGAAUACGUUUGUAAUGAUCGCUCUUCACUUUGUCAGUGAAAUACAUCUCCUAAACACGUUGCACGUUUAUGUGCCGUUUUUUUUUUUUUUAGGUAACCAAGAUGUGCACGGAUGUUGAUGUUCCAUCCAAAAGAAUAGACUUUGAACAUUUUAUAGCUACCAUAAGACUCCAUUCUCAUUUCUAUUGGCUUUGAAGUUUGAAGAACUUGGUUAGGUUCAAUCGAAUUCCCUUACAAAGCCCCUACAGGCCUCGGCUCUGUUGAUCCGAGUCAUCGUUGAGCAUCGUGUCCAUUCCACACCUUAGAUCUUACAAUAUUUUUACACGGUCGGCAUAUUUUAUUUUAUAUUUAUGCAUUACUGACCAGAUUUUUGGCUGUAAUGUUGUUGGGUUUGAAAAUAAUGUGGUAGCUAAACAUCCUUGGCUGUUAAAUUUAGUCGGUUACUAAAUAUAAAAAAAUUAGGUUGUAAUUUAACGUAAAACUCAUUUGGCCUUGAGCUGGAACUGACGGAAACCAAGGAUUUUUUUCUGUCCAAUUUUUGGUGGAAACUGCAUAAAAACUCAUUUGGAAACUAACGGAAACCAAUGAUUUUUUUUCGUCCAAUUUUUGGAGGAAAACUGUAGUAAUAUGCGACAUGGUACAAUAGACAACUAGUCUUAUCAGUAAAGCAUUACCAAACUAUUUCUAAAAUAUUUCAUAUUUGCCUCCUAACAUAUCAUGUUAUCGUUCGCAAAUGACUGCGAUUUUUAACGCAGCAGGUUUCUACGACAAAACUUUUGCGCCGUAACUCGUUUUCAUCCGCGUGGACUUCCUUAGUGGUGAGCUCUCGUCAUCACUUACGAAACACUGUCAUGCUUUUGUAACUUGGCUUGAAGUUUGAAAGUAGUUUAUUUUUUAUUUGAUUUCUGCCAGUAUAUAAUGGUCUCUUGAGACACGCUACCACGAUCUUAAAAGCACCUAUUAUGGUGAAACUCGCAGUUGCUAAUGUUUUUACAUUCGUUUUUUUGGUUAUCGUUGUUAUGGUGUUACUACGGCUUUGGUCUGAGCUUUCGACGUUAAAGCAAUCGUCAAGAUUGGAUAUUACGACUUUGUUUCGACAACAAAUGUAGAUCUGUGUGGCACAGCGUGGAAUGUAUAAACCGUACGAAUUUACCCGGACUUCGUUCGAAAGAAAGGCAGAAGCUGUUUUGUUGUCGGUUUGGAGCCCGUUCAAUGGAUUAUGGAUCAGUAAUGUAAUAAACAUGUCAAAAAACACUUUGUUAGGUUAGGCUUAUCAGAAUUUGAUACAUUUUUGUGCGAUCAUCAAAUCUUUCCUUUUUUUUUUUUUUUAAGGAACACCUCUGUAUUUAUCUCAGGGUUGAUUUUCAGUAUAUUUAGGCGUAAACGUCUUUUCCCUGUCGCGUUGUUUCGCGCGCAUCUAUCCAGGACUCCGCUUCAAGACUUGAAGACGUCAAGACUGUGCCUUUAUACAGCUAUUAAUUUGUUGGGUAUAUAAAUGUAGCCAAACGAUCUUUAUUUAUAAUAUUUCCAAAUCUUCUCAGUCUUCUAUGUCAGCAUUUAUAUUAAAUGAUCUCUUCAAAUCUGCAGGCUUUCAGACCGCCAACUGAGUACUGCCUAUCCUUUCUGAGAUAAAGGAAAUUAUUGCCAGGUCAUUUGUUUUUUGUUGCCAUUUUGUGUAUCUUCAUGCAAGUGGAUUUGAGUAUUUAAGCAUGGUGUGAUGGUGAUUGGUCCAUCCUUGGCCUGAAAUUAAACAGGUAAACGAACCUGUUAAUGUGUCGUGUGUAUUUUGAAGUCUUUUAAUUGAAUAUCAUGGAGUAUUUAACGUCCAAUUUACGUAUUUAAUAAUGUCAUAGGAGAUAUAACGACGAUACAGGUAUACAUGUAGACCGUACCUAACCGAGACUGUCGUUCGAUGUUUUCUCGAAGGGCUCGAUUUGCUGUGGUUUUGAAAUAAUCGUCAGCCGUUUAUAAAUUUACAACCACUUUUAACAUAUUGUUGCAAAGCAACAUUUACAGGAUCUCCACAUGAGCCAAAGGGGAUCACAUUCGAUUCGAACAGAAAACCAAAACGGGUGAAUCUUACGAAACUAAUAUUGUACUUUGUAAUUAAGGAAAGGAAAUAUAUUUUGAAGAAAGAAAAUUAAUGAGAAAAAAAGGAAUAUACACAAUUAUCACAAAAAUGUUACAAUGCUAAAGCCUAAAAUAUGCUUAAUUUUUUAAUGCAAAAUAUAUAUUUUGUUUUGUGAGAUUCACCCAUUUAAUGCUGACAUAAACAAUGUCUUAUUUAUGAUUAAUGUCCAAUUAAAAAAAAAAGACUUCUGUCGCUUAAACUUAUUUGCUUAUUGUGAUUUUUGACUGUUCAGAUUGGCUUUUAAAAUUUGAACGAAGUGUUAAUGAGUGUUGAAUGUCAUAAACCUGCAAAAAUUGAAUGGGAAUGGGUAGGUUUUUUCUACAAACAAACGGUUUGUUCCCCAUGUUCAGGGGAAAUGUCCACAUUGCACACACAUAUGCGUAAGAGGAUAUUUCAGUUACUUGAAAACAAGGGUUGUGCACACAAACAAGCUUUAGUGUUUUAGCUUAUAGCUGUAGUAUGUAGUUUUGAAACGAAUGAUCGAUUGUGCGCGUGUUUGUCCAAUGGGAGUGCUGUGUUCACCUCAUUUCUGUAUUGUUUGUUCCCACUGAAACAUUGCUUGUUGCUUGCACUCAUAUUGACUUUUUUGUGAAAUGGGGUGUUGCGUUGUGGUUCACCAUGAUUCGUAACAUUGGGAAAUGUAAUAAUUUGCGAUGGUUUCUCCCAUGUUAUUUCAUGAUAGACUUCUUAAAUUAAGGUACACUUUAACGUAAGAAAAUAGAUGUUUGUAUAUUAUACUCCAUUAAGGAAUGUUUAGAAUUAUAUUUCUCCAAUGUGGAUGUAGUUGUAAUACAGUUUUUCUUUUUGUACAAGAAUUCACUGUGUGAAAUUUCGGAUUGCAUUUUUUGUAUAAUACAAUAGCUUUUCUUCUGUAAGAGGGCAGGGGUAUUACUUACUGGAUUUUGGAAUUAGAUAUUGAAAUUAUUUAAUAAGAAAUGUAUUUUAUUUGCAGCAGUGAUUCUGGCAUGGAUUAUGAAUAAAUGAUAUUAAAUGAAA